AUGCUUGACUCGGAGAACAAUUGUUUGAACUUUCGCUACAACGGCGAGCAUCUCCAAAUUGAGGCUUGGGGGCCUGGUGCUUUUCGCGUUCGCAGCACCAAAGCUCAAAGCUUCCCGCCAGAGAAUUGGGCACUAUCGCAGGAAGUUCCCGAUUUGAAGCCCACUAUCACCAUCAAAGAUUCAUCAAUCACCAAUGGAGCAAUCACGGCAUUUGUGACAGCAACCGGAAAACUCAUUAUCAAGAACAACAUUACCGGCAAGCAGAUACUCGAAGAAUACGCCCGGAACAGACUUGAUGUGUUUGAUCCCAAGACUUCGGCACUGGAAAUUGUCGCAAGAGAAUUCAAAUCCCAUGGCACAGGCGCGGCAGACUAUCACCUUACCUACCGUCUCGAGUCACAAUCUCAAGAUGAAAAGCUGUAUGGCAUGGGACAGUAUCAACAGCCGUACCUCGACUUGAAAGGUUUGGACAUCGAGCUCGCCCAGCGAAAUUCUCAAGCAAGCGUUCCAUUUCUUGUGAGCAACCUCGGGUAUGGUUUGCUCUGGAACAAUCCUUCGGUUGGUCGUGCUGUCUUCGCUCGAAACAUCAUGACGUUCGAGGCAAAUGCAACAACGGUUCUCGACUUUUGGAUUGUGGUAGGGGAAACACCCAAGGAAAUCAUGCUCCGUUACGCCGACGUCUCUGGCCAUGCUCCAAUGAUGCCUGAAUACGGUCUUGGCUUUUGGCAGUGUAAGCUGCGAUACCAAACACAAGACGAACUAUUAUCGGUCGCCCGCGAGUACAAGAAGAGAGAGCUCCCACUGGAUGUGAUUGUGAUAGACUUUUUUCAUUGGCCUCUUCAGGGUGAGUGGAAGUUCGAUCCCCAAUUCUGGCCAGAUCCAGACGAUAUGAUCAAGGAGCUCAAUGAUCUCGGCAUCAAAAUCCUCAUCUCCAUCUGGCCAACCGUCGAUCAGCGCAGCGAAAACUAUCCUCAAAUGCUGGAGAAAGGUUACCUUGUGCGCACUGAGCGAGGAGUUCCCAUCGCAAUGGAUUUCAUGGGUAAUACGAUACACGCAGAUUUCACCAAUCCAGAUGCAAGGCAGUAUGUUUGGCAGAUCGCCAAGAAAAACUACUUCGACAAAGGCAUACGAUGUUUUUGGCUCGACGAGGCCGAGCCGGAGUACAAUGUGUACGACUUUGACAACUAUAGGUAUUGGAAAGGCAGCACAUCGGGCGUCGGAAAUAUAUAUCCUGUCAACUAUGCUCAAGCAUUCUUCGAGGGCCAGCUAGAGGCAGGUCAGAAAUUGGGUGGACAGGACGGCAUUUUGAAUCUCAUUCGAUGUGCAUGGGCAGGCUCCCAACGAUAUGCCACACUAGUAUGGAGUGGCGACAUAGCGAGUUCGUGGAGCAGUUUCAGGAACCAACUCGCUGCAGGUCUCAACAUGGGUAUGGCUGGAAUUCCCUGGUGGACCACAGAUAUUGGAGGCUUCCAUGGCGGUAUCACAGCAGAUCCAGCGUUUCGCGAACUGUUGGUACGAUGGUUUCAAUGGGGCACUUUCUGCCCCGUUAUGCGGCUGCAUGGCUUUCGAGACCCAGUCCAGGCCAAGGUCGGUAACGGCGGAGGAAGUGAGUGCCGUAGUGGCGCUGACAACGAAGUCUGGAGUUUCGGCGAUGACAAUUAUCCGAUCUUGGUCAAGUACAUGAAGUUUCGAGAGAGAUUGAGGGACUACACGCGGAACUUGAUGAAAGAAGCAAGUGAGAAGGGAACACCUGUGAUACGAGCCAUGUUCCUGGAGUUCCCCCAUGAUGAGGCAUGCUGGGGAAGAGAAUUUGAGGAUCAGUACAUGUUUGGUGGAAAAUACUUGUGUGCGCCCAUCAUGGAGCCUGGGGCUACGCAAAGGAAGGUUUAUCUGCCAAAGGAUGCUAGAUGGGCACUGUUGAAGAUAGGAGAGGUGAAGGAUGAGCAUGUCAGAGAAUUUGAUGGUGGACAGACCGUCGUGGUUGAGACUAACAUUGAAGAUAUGCCAGUAUGGGUCAAGCUAUAG